AAACAUCGAGAGGCUGCUAACGUCAUCCGGAAGAGCGUUCAAAGUUUUCCCACCGAGGACUGGAUAAAAAGAUUUAACAUGGCUAAACGACAAGGAAAAAAAGAAAUUGCAGUGCGCGAAGAAGAAGAGAAGCAUAUAGAACAGAUGAAAAUGGAAGUAGAGGAUGAAAUAUCCAAGCUCCCUCAAAACAAUCCUUCAAAGUGCGAAGGUCUCAUUCGAAGGUUGCACAAAAAAGUAAAUGCUCUUAAAAAGCAAGACGUCAAAAAUGAUCUCCUAAAUCAGCUAAGAUCUGCUUCAUGUUAUGGAUUAGAACCAGAACUCAAAGAUAUGAUGGAGAAAAAUGGUUUGGAGUUAGAAGGACUUGAACUUGUGGUACACUACCUAACAAACAAGGCAGAACUUGCAAGAUACUUCCACCUCAAUCCUCAGGAGGUUGUGGUCAAGGACGGCCUGAGUGUCAUAAAAAGACGACUUGGACCAAGUCUGGAAGUGCUUGGUGGCUUGAGCUCCAAGGGAAUUGAUGUUGAACAAGAUUGGGUCAAGUGGUUGGUUGGAAAGGCUCCAUCUCUCGAGGCGCUCGGUCGUAUCUCCGCUGAAGACCUUGAUGCUCUUAAAGCUAAUACUGGAGAAAAAAACGAAGUUAGGCGCCUGUUUAAAGCUGAAUUGAAUAACACUGAACGUUCUGAAGCUGAAAAAUCUGGCGAAGAGAAGAAAGCUAUUGAUGAAGAAAAGCUAGAAAAGGCUAAGGCUCUGAUGAAAGAGGCAAGUGAAAAGGCAAAAGAGGAGUCAGAGCAAGCAAAAAAAGCAGUAAGUGAGAAGAUGGCUGAAAUUGGAAAAAUCCUCCAGCUGCCACCUGAUUGGAAUAAACAGGAGAGUGGAAAGGAACCUGACGAACUGUUGACGCACUUAAAUCAAGUAAUUGAACAGUUCGAAAACACUGUAGAAGUCAGUGAAAGUUACAAAAGCGACCUCGAAAUAGUUAAGAAAGCCAGUGGAGGCCGAGCGCUCUGUGGAAUCUAUCACUCAGCGUACAACCCGCCAAAAACGGCGGAACGACCUCUCAUCCUUAUGCCCACAGAGGUAACACUGGGUAGCCCUAACAACUCUCAGCAGAUCAAUUACUUGAAGUUCUCUGAAAGCAUGGCUGCCUCAAAGUAUGCCCACGCCGUAAAAUCGUCAAGCACUAAUAUUGGGUUCAGUGUCGGCGGUUUUGUGGGGCUCUUCGUUGGAGAAGCUCAUGGUAGUUACGCCUCCAGUUCCGAAAGUCAAGGGACAAGUUCAGUAAAGGAGAAAACCAGUAGCGUCUCUGUACUGCAAUAUGUUUGGAUUGCAACCAAGACCUUUAAACUAGAGCAAGAGCAGAUGAGGCUGUCCAUGAGUGCAAGAAAUAUGGCAAGAUCCAUUACGAAAGCCUCUGAUCCCAGUGCAGCAGCUCGUCGAUUCAUGAAUCGCUACGGAAGUCACUUUCCAGCAGGCCUGCACUCACUUGGUGGUGUCCUCUUUCGGAUUGUAGACGCCGAGAGCAGUGCAGAAAUAGAAACGUCUGUCUUCACGGAGAAAGCGGCGAAGGAGCUUCAAGGUCAAAUAUCGGUUGGCUUCCUUGGAGGAGCAUUUGGAAUCGGAGCCAGCAUAAGCGGCGGACACAGUAAUACUAGCGGUGAGCUACAAGCAGAAGAGAAAAAAGCUGAAGCUGCUUCUUAUAGGUACUCCUUCCAGGCCAUGGGUCCAGCAGCCACAAACCCUACUACGUUCACUAAGUUGCUGGCUAACAACUCAACUUGGGCUUUAAUUGAUCGUGGUAGCCCUCUGGCUUACAUACCAGUUUGGGAACUGUUAACAGACCUUGGUGACCCUGCAUUCAACAUGGCAGCCGGAGUCCUAGAAGAGACUUGGAAAAAAGACGAGUUGAAGAAAAGUAAGAAGAUUGCUCGCGCUGAAUUCAAAAUAUCAGAGAUCAUUAGGGAAGAACUAGAAACGCUGGCAAAUAGUUACAUAAACAAGAAACCAAAUCCGAAGGGUUUUGGACAUAGGCCGGAAAAUGCUGCUCAGCUGUUCAAGUUCCAGGAAAUCAACUUGUCGCGUGAAAGUGCCUACACCAAAGCUGUGGAUAUCAUUAUGGAAGAUCCAAGGUACCAUAUUUGCAAAAUUUCUUGGUGUGGUGGAGAUUUGUACACUUUGUGUUGUUGGCAGGCAGCAGAAAAUUUAGAAAUGACCUACCAAAAAGUCAAUGGAGAACAUGUCCUGUUUUACAGUAAAGCGCUAUUCCGGUGGAAAGAUUUAGUUCCACCUGAGCAGUAAAAGGUAUUGUUACCAAAUUGAGGCUUAGAGUAAUCAAGCAGGUUGAUACUGGUCAUAGUGCUCUUAUCCUAAAGAAAUACAAGUAACACAUCUACCGCCUUUUUAGUACUUCCAUCACUUUCUGAUCCUUCAUCAAAAUGGCGACCAAAGUAGAAAUUUAUUCAUGUAAUAUUAGCCUCAGAGCUAGGAAUGCAGAAAGUGUUCAACAUUUGGAUCAAAACUACUGUGGACAAUCUGAGUGUUUCCAAUAUCAAAAGACUCUAUAAUGACCCUCCCUCCCCCGAAAAAAAAAGGGUAGGUUAAUAUUCUGAAUUUGAAUGAUAUUUUCCUGGCUGAAACUACACUUGACUAAAUGAAACUUUGUAAGAUUACAAAAUAAGGUUAUAAAAUGAUAGGUACCCAUUGUGAGAUCGGUUUGAUUUUCCAGCAAAUUUUAAUUAUUUCAGGCUUCA